CCGAGCGGAACGGCCUCUGGUGACAUUUUCUCCGGGCGGCUCGGACGAGUGAAGGGACUUGGCGGUGGAGGGUGCGGAGGCGGCGAGAUUCGCUUUGGCCCCGGUGGGGCUCUGACCGCGACCCCCUGUUCGCCGCCGGGGCUUGUGCCGAGGAAGAGAAGGCGGCGGUGGCCGUGACGUUCAGAGUCGCCGCGGCCCGGAGAGACCCGGCCCGGGGGGUCGGUGUGUGCCCCGACGGGGCGCGCGGAGCGGGCGAGGAGGUGCGGGGCCGCCGCGGAGCGCAGGUUGCUUUCCCGUUGCAUCUUUGACAUAGUUUCCUAGACUCUGCUCCAUGAUUUAACUUGAAAGUCUGAAAUGAAGAUGGAGGAGGCAGUGGGAAAAGUUGAAGAACUCAUUGAGUCUGAAGUCCCACCAAAAACAUCUGAACAAGAGACAGCUAAGGAGGAAGAUGGAUCUGUAGAACUGGAAUCUCAAGUUCCGAAAGAUGGUGUGGUGGAUUCUACGGUUCUUUCUUCAAUGCCCUGCUUGUUGAUGGAACUGAGAAGGGACUCUUCUGAGUCUCAGUUAGCAUCCACGGAGAGUGACAAGCCGACAACUGGUCGAGUUUAUGAGAGUGACUCCUCUAACCACUGCAUGCUUUCCCCUUCCUCUAGUGGUCACCUGGCCGAUUCAGAUACCCUGUCUUCUGCAGAGGAGAAUGAACCCUCCCAGGCAGAAACAGCGGUAGAAGGAGACCCUUCCGGAGUGUCUGGUGCCACAGUUGGGCGCAAGUCUCGCCGGUCCCGAUCUGAAAGUGAAACAUCCACCAUGGCUGCCAAGAAAAACCGGCAAUCCAGUGAUAAACAGAAUGGCCGAGUCGCCAAGGUUAAAGGUCAUCGGAGCCAAAAGCACAAGGAGAGAAUCAGGCUACUGAGGCAGAAGCGGGAGGCUGCUGCACGAAAGAAAUACAACUUGUUGCAGGACAGUAGUACCAGUGACAGUGACCUGACUUGUGACUCAAGCACGAGCUCAUCAGAGGAUGAUGAAGAAGUUUCAGGGAGCAGCAAGACAAUCACUGCAGAGAUACCAGAUGGACCUCCAGUUGUAGCUCAUUAUGAUAUGUCUGACACCAGCUCUGAGCCAGAAGUGGUAAAUGUGGACAAUUUAUUGGCGGCUGCAGUAGUUCAAGAGCACAGUAAUUCUGUAGGAGGCCAGGACACAGGAGCUACCUGGAGGACCAGCGGGCUUCUAGAGGAGCUGAAUGCGGAGGCAGGUCAUUUGGAUCCAGGAUUCCUAGCAAGUGACAAAACAUCUGCUGGCAAUGCACCACUCAAUGAAGAAAUUAAUAUUGCUUCUUCAGAUAGUGAAGUGGAGAUUGUGGGAGUUCAGGAACAUGCAAGGUGUGUUCAUCCUCGAGGAGGUGUGAUUCAGAGUGUUUCUUCAUGGAAGCAUGGCUCUGGCACGCAGUAUGUUAGCACCCGGCAAACACAGUCAUGGACUGCUGUGACUCCCCAGCAGACUUGGGCGUCACCUGCAGAAGUUGUUGACCUUACAUUGGAUGAGGAUAGCAGACGUAAAUACCUACUGUAAUGCAAUGUCACUGUGUUUCCUCUGCACUGUUCCCUUCCACUUACUCCUCCUCCUCUUUGUGACAUGGAAGUUCAUUGUCAUAGCUUCAGCUUCAGAAGCUGUUUGUGGCAUUUGUAUAAUUGAAACUCAUGGAAAAUUGCCCCCUUCCCUUUUUUUUUUUUUUUAAUUAAAAGAAGUCACUUAGGAAAGUAACUUAUCACAAAGGAAAGGAUUUCUUCUUUCCCUCAGUAGGAAUCUGAGAAUGAUGAAUUUUAUUAGACAACUUCAUUUUACUUGGUGACUUUCAAUCUUAGGAAACUGCCUUCCUUUUAGAAUGAUAUUUUAAUUACCAGGUGAAAUGGAUUUCAGUUUUUGAAUCUUGUAUUUAUUUUUCUGUGUAAUAAAAUUAAUAUGUAGACUUGACCACUGUCAGCCCACCCAUUGGCACUCCUACCUUAGGGCAUUUGCACACAUAUUAGUCAGUUCCUUUUUGGCACCUAGUAGGGCAUGUGCAUUGAAAACCUGUCCUUAAAAAUAGAAGACAGAAGUGUUACUUUUCUUUUAGCUUAAGUCUUCUGCCUUCUUUCCUGACUUUGCUCCUGGCUGAAUUCCCACAACACAAAUAAUUGAAACGACCCUCUGUGUUUAUAAAUACUGCUAAGGUGACUUAGUUGAUCUCCUUGUUGCAAUAAUUCAUAACUCUGGAAAAAUAUCUCCUUGUGAGGCAGAGGCAUUUCAGAUAGACGCCCCACCAUGAGGUCUGGGCAUCUGAGGAGAGUAUUGAGAGAUCCCUUUUCUCCCCCUGGUUUGUUCAAAUAAUGGGAGAAACAUAGAACCUGUUACUUAGGUAGAAUAUGAAAAGUUGUGUGGCUUCUAAGGCUAUGGGCACUUGAAAAAUCUGAGAGGGCAGUGCCUUCUUCUGUAGCUGGUCUCUCCGUAAAGGAUGUAAUGACAACUGUUUGAUACUUGAGCUGAAGUUGACCUGUUGCUAUAUUUGGGUAUUUUUCUCCUCUACCUUCUAAAAGUGGCAAAUUCAAAAUACAUCAUAAGAAACCAGAUGCAAAACACAUUAAUGGCCCUGUAGGUUUUACAGUAUCUAACAGGAAUAUCAAAGGGUAGUAGGAGCAUCAGGGAAUUCAGGAAAUGCCGGUGUUGGAGUUUUGUGGCAUUAGUUGCUACCUUUUUUACUAUAACAUUGUAGUUACUAGUGAAUUAUUUUACAAGCAAUACCUAGAAUUAGAACACUAUGUACUGUGCACAGGGAGGAGUGAAGUAAUGCUGGCUUAGAAGACCUCACUUUUUGUUUUUCCAGUUUUUGUCUGCUUUUUUGUUUGCUUUUGUUUCCAUUUUUACCAUAUAACGGGGCUCUAGCCCUUUGCCUCCCUUCCCAAAUGCCUUGGUGGCUCUUCCUUAUCAUACGAGCAUGAGAACUACCAUUUUCAGUUUCCACUCAGCGGACACACAUUUAUACCAAGUGCCUGUUCUGCCUAAGGCGCUGUGGUGGUGCUGUGGGGCUGCUGCGGAGAACAGGACACCCACCGCAUGUGCGUGCGUCCGGCUGCCUGGCUCCAGCUGCCUGGCCGUGUCUCCUGUGUGUGUAAAGACUCGCUUAUUCCUUUACCCUUCUUCCUGCUGCUUUAGCUCGUCCACACACCUCUUCCAUGGGAGUGUAUUUAAGCAUGUGUUCUUUCACCUUCUCUGGUAACAUUGCACUUGAUCUGGCCUCUGUUCUUCAUCAACUUUUUAUUUUCCUAUCAUUCUACUUUUAGUAGAUCAGGCUUUUAAAGAGAUCAUGAAUCUCCAGUUUUAGCACUUCAUGUCUCAAGUCUCUCACGUGGCCACAAUUCUAGACAAAAACCAAAGACCCAGAGGCCAGAGCGAAAUAGGACCUUCUGCAGCUUCACUACUGGUGUAUCCUUGGACCUUCACAUUUUACUUUAGGAUUAAUUUAUUGAAUUUUACUGUUACACGUUGUUUUUGACUUGAAUUAAAAUGCUAGACAGAGUAGAAAUGUACAAUUUCUGGUCUGUAUUUUCCAGGAAAAUCAUUGGGGAAAGAACAGAGUGGAUUCUAUGACUUGAAGUUUUUGCAGCUUAUCUUCCCCCCACUAUCAGGGCAGAGCCCCAUUUUAAAGAACAUUUUUGCAUUACCUGUUCUUACGUUAGCAGUAUGUUUUGUCCAAUUCCAUAUAGCAGGGGAUUUCCCAGGGCAUAUUUUCUUUAGUCCCUAACAGUCAUCCUCUAACAAGAAUUCUUUGGGUGUGCUGUGUGCACUGUGGGUUGGGAACAGAGAGCGGAGUUGUAACCAAGCUCUUUUCUGGCCUUUUGCUUUUAUAUUGGGUUACACUUUGCCCUCACCUGUCCCUUUUCCAGCACCCUGACUAUCUGGCUUGAUGCACUAGAACAAAAAUUAAUAUGCAAAAAGCGGGGAGGGGAAGGGAUGGUAGAGAUAGCUUUUCUCCCUACUAGGUUGGGACUUUUCCACCUACUAACUAACUAUAGAGAGACUAUGUUUCAACUCUUCUUUCAUUGCCAGAUCCAGGAGAGUAGGGAUGUGGUUUCUGGCAAGGUAUUAAUGAUAAAAUUCUGUGGUAAAUUUAAAAUUCUGACAUUUAAAAUUUCUUUUAAGGGGGUCUUUUUUAACCAAAGUUUUGCAUUUGGUAGCAUAGACACUUUAUGCUUCACCGUCUCUUCAAAGUAAUAUCUCCACUAAAAUGGUACACUUGGGUCACAGAUUGGUUUUUGGCACUAACUUGGUUAAGUGCCCCCCUUCCCCCAAUUUGAAACCACGGAGCGGUAACUUAGCUAUUGCAUCAGUACAGCAAUAUUGAUACGUAGCUAUUGCUCGCCAGUAGUUGUCUCUUCAUUUUGAUGGAAGGGGCCGGACUGAAUGGACUCCAUUAUUCGUAACAAUUGAGCAUCCCAUAAACUCUGCUUUUAUUAUUAUCAAUUGUGAAUAUGAACCAUCUGAUUUGCUAAUUUAGUCAAUUGUUCAUUGUUACUUUUAGCAGAUUAGCACCAUAGGCAAUUUAAAAAUGAAUUUGUUGCCUGCUUUUUAUGCUGUGUCACAAGGUUUUUGAAAAAGCUGGGGACACAGUAUUGUCUUUCAGUUUAAAGGUUUUUUUUUUUAAAGGCAAAGAGUUCCCCUCCAUCCCUGUUUUUCAGUAUGUGUAUGAUGCGACUUCCAUGUAUAUAUAAAAAUGAUUGCGCCCUAACCAAACUUCCUCAGAUUGUGCACUGUUUGUUUAAAAUAAUCACGUAUUUUAGUCCAAUGCUGUUGUAUUUUUUCAUUUUAUUUAAAACACUACGUACUUCUUAUUCUUUUAACAAGUUUUAAAGGGUAGUGAUCUUAAAAAAAAAAUCACUGGAUAACUAGGAAAUACUUUUGUUGUUUAAAGAGUACAAAGGUCAUUGAAGCCUUUUGCUCCUCUUACCGUGAAAAUGAAAUGUUAGCCAUUGUAUGGCUAGGAACCAAUGCACUUGGUGGUUAACAGAUCUGCUGUUGCUGGAGUGUGAGCGUGGACUUGAUGCAGUGACGACAAAUCAUUGCUUAGAAUUAAUGUUUUAAAAUGUGUGACUCUAGUAUUUUUAAAACAAAAUUUGGUUCUUCUUUACAUUCAUUAUUUAGUUUUUGUUUCCAUUUAGUAUUUAAUGGUCUUUGGAGAAAAAUAAUAAAACAGAGUGUUAUAUAUAUAUUUUUUGGUGCAAGAUAAGAUUUUC